AUGCCCCCUCAUCGCAAAGGUCCUGAACUUGAGCUCCAUUACUCUGAGGGCAACGUUUACUACCUUCAAGGCUGCGACUCCGACUAUCCACACCAACAUGCUCAUGCUCAUGUCGUCAAAAAAUUCGGCAAAAAUGUAUGCCAAGCGUGGAUUGGCGCCAGAAACCAAAAACCUACCGCCUUGGUCGCUCUCAAGAUAGCUAGAGGGUCCUCUGCCGUGAAGACCUUGGAGUACGAAGCGGGCAUCUACAGAGGGGCAUUGCGGGAUCUGCAAGGCAAGGUGGUCCCCAAGUACCACGGGCUAUACAGAACCGUUAUCGACGGGCACACAGAAUUGGGGGUCAUGAUCCUCGAGUUUUGCUCCAACAGUAAGGAUUCUCAGCAAAUGGAGAAGCACGAGUAUACGCGAAGGUUGAUGUUAGCCGCGUGCAAGCUUCACCAGGCUGGUGUGGUCCAUGGUCAACUUUACGCACGGCAUACCCUUGAAAUCGGCCAGGAAAUCAGGAUCAUUGAUUUCAGUCGCGCGACUGUCUCACACCGAUGCGUUGGAGCAGUGCCAAUGCUGUUGCAAGGGCGAGGCGAACGGGGAUGUGAGGAACUGGUUUGGCUGGAAGAGGAAUAUGGUGCUUCGGAGAAUGAGGACGUGGUAGCUGAGAUUCUGAAGCAGAGGAAUCGCAACUGGAUCAACUCGCUCCCUGCCUUUCUCAACCUUGAAUUGGCGCCAGGAAGGUGGUAUUAG